AUGGCAAUUAAUCAGACACAUGUUCAUCCGCACUACACAUUGCCUGGCGUAAUGCACUACUUGCAAACGGAGUUCACUAAGAAUGAAAGAGAUAGAAUUACUUGGGAGCUGGAAAGGUCGGAAAUGAAGGCAAGAAUUGCUGAACUGGAGGGUGAAAAUAGGGACCUGAAGCGCCAAUUGAAUCAAGUACAGUCGAAAGCGGCUUCUGCUGAAAGUGGAAGAGAAGAAAAACCUGUAUCUGAGUCAUUACUGAAAUCUAAAUUGGCUGUCCAAGAAAAUGUUAAGGAAAUCAUCUAUUUGCUAAAAAGCCCCAAUGUAAUCAAUCAAUUGGACUCACUAAAUAGCAAAGAUGCUGGUACUCAUUUGCAUGAUUUGGAGAAACUGAACGUAAAUACACCCAAGGAGGGCAGCUCUAAAACAAAUGGAAUGGAUGUUUUGAAUAAUGCUCUCUUGGAUGUCAAACCCAAGCAAGAUUUUUCAAGAGGAUCAUCUCCCACCAAAGUCAAGUCGUUGUUUAGCACCGCUAAUAGGCGUGAAAUUAUCGAAGCAGAAUCGAAAAUUCACUCGGAUUUGCCAAAAAUCGAUAUCAUCAGCUGCUACGGUGACCAUAUGGCACUCUAUGAUGCAGAUACCAAAUCAUUGGAGAUUCACCAAGUGGAUACCGGCCUGAAUUCCAAAUCUGUAAAGAAAAUGAUUUUAAAGCAAGAUAGUCAGAUUGCAAAAUUUUUUUGGGUCUCAUCUUCCGAGUUCUUUGUUAUCGACGAGAGUUUUCACUUGAAAUUAUUCUCUAUCUCCAACGCAUGCUUGAUUUCGGAUUUGAAUCUUUUCCAAGACACUGAACAAUCAUUUUCGUAUGAUAACAUCAUUAAUAUAGAUUUCAAAAAUAAAUGGUUGUUGAUAGUCGCUAGAAAUAAACCGCAAAUUAAAAUUUGGGAACUAGAUAAUAUAGACAUUGCUGGAAACGUCCCAAUUACCAUAAAGAAGACAUACGUCAUAGCACACGAUAUUAAUGAUAGUGACGAAGGCAAUACCACCGAUAUCCUAGAUUGUAUAUUGGGCAUAACAGAGAAAUCUUUAAUACUACUUUCUUCAAACCCAUAUCAACUAAUUAUGUACGAUUUCGAAGGUAAACUUCUACAAAAUAUUGAUUUGAAUAUCGAUACGGUAUUAUCAGGUAAGCCGGAUGAAGAAAAUUACCAUUUAUUUUUGGAUAAGAGAACUUCUAAACUAUUAAUUCAACUAAGCAACGAAAGAUUGUUGGUUUAUUCUUUUGAUCAGAAACAAAUAAUAUCGAAAGAACAGCUAACUCCAUCAUCAACGUUUCCAGUACAACUAAAUUUGAAUGAAAGCAUAAUUUCGAUAUCGUAUAGUAACGGAGGUUUCGAAUUUAAGAAUUUAGAAAACCUGAAGCCAUUGAUCGACGAAUUUUUCAUAGCAAACAUCAAUUCCGCAGAAAAGGAAGGACCUGUGAUAUUUUCUUCAAAUCUGAUUGUAGAUUCCAAACCAGUGCUAGUCACCGUGAAUAAAAAUAAUGAAAUUCUCUUGCACAAGAUUAAAAUAUAA